AUGUUUACGACGAUCAACGACAAAAGAACCACCUCAAUGACCACCACCAAACGCAAAAGCACGAUUCGUUCCUCUCCUUCUCGCACAAAACUGGGCCUCUUUCUCACGUUUUUAGCGUCUGUUUUACUGGUUUCCACGCGAUUGAAAAUCGAGAAAAUCUUCGUUUCCGCGCUCGAACAUGAACACCAUCAUCAUCAGAGGAUGCCGCCACCUGCGCGUCCGCCUCCUCCUCACCGUGAAGAGCAUCAUCAAAAUCAUCGUCUGAAUGAUGAGAACCGGAAAAAGAGCGAACGAGAGAGACAGAAACAGAAACCUCCACCACCGCCGCCUCCCGGGCGGAUGCACGCCAGGAAGGUGGAUCCGCCUCUAAACCCUAAUGAUGAUGUUGAUGCGCAAAAGGAGCAAAAGGAUCCGAUUCCCGCGACGAUACCAACAGAAAAGAAAAGAAUGACCGCACAGGAGUACGUGGACGCGAGGAAAGAAAUGAAACCGCCUUCUGUUUCGGGGAAACAACAGAAGAACUUUAUGAAUGAAAUGGUAUCGAGCGUACUCGCUCCGGGGUAUAAGUUCGCGGUCGGACUUCCGAAAAACAGUUUGAAGUUUGUGGUUGAGAAGUUUACGACGAUACGAGCGACGUUUCGAGUGCACGCGAUUGCGGUGUUGUCGAAACUCCCGACCGGGAAGAUGGACGUGAAUAAAUUCGGCGGUUACCUGGCGGAUGCGUUUUUGCUCCUGUUUACGCUCGCCGUCGCGCGCGUCGUCCACCUGUUCACGCCGUUCGCGAAACCACCGCCGGCGAGCGUGAAAACGCGUAAAGUUGGUUCCGAUCGCGUGAACAUUCAGUUUCACAUGCCGUUCGCCGGCGGCGCGGAUAAGUGCAUCGUGUUUUUAAAAGGCAACAAAGUCUUGUGUCGAUGCCCGGAGAAAAUGUUGGAGUGCGAGACGACGUUAUCGGCGCCGGCGAAAGGCUCGACGUGGAUCAUCUUCGAGGAACCAAAAUGGCUGGAAUAUAAAGACGAGUUGGUCGUCGUCGCUAAGAGCGUGAAGAAGGAUAAAGAAGCGAAGAAAAUCGAAAAGAUGCCGUUGAAGACGCCGGCGGCGAGAAAGAAGAGCGCUUCGAGGACGACCGACGAAGGCGAAGAAGAUCGAGCGCCAGCAAAAGCGAGAACUUCGAGAAAGACCACCACGGCGACGAAGGCGAAAAAGACGCCCGCGGCGAGAGCGAAAUCGCCAGCCAGUCCUCGACGCACGAGGCAGACGCCCGCGAAGAAGAAGUAA